UCCAUAAUGAGUUAUAAACACUGCCGAAUAUGUUACAAACCAGACCAGGACGAUCUUAUUUCGGUACGGCUGAUGCAGGAAAGCAUAACGAUUGAGGAAAUGAUACGGAUCAUCACAAGCAUUUCAGUCUCCAGUGAUCGCCGUUUACCGCAGAAUAUUUGUCUCCAGUGCUUGGAUCGGUUGAAAGUAGCAUACGAUCUACGCCAGCAGUGCAUCCAGACAAACGAUCGACUGUUGAAGGAAUUAGGAUGCAAUCUAGAUGUAAGGAGCAAUGCAGUUGAGGAGAAAGAACAAAUCAUACCCGAAUUCAGCACAGCAGCAGAUGGCGAGAACAAUGAAGAGAUUGAGAUAAUUGAAAACGGUUCUUACGAUGGGCAUGUGUUGCAAGAACAGGACCAACUAGAACACACAAUUACAGAACACUAUGCAGCGAGCGAAGGGAUAAAUUAUGCUUGCUGUGGGUGUACCAUGGAUUUCAGCACACAGGAUGAGCUAGAAGAGCACGCCGUUCAACGACACCGGAAUGGGAAAACAUUCUCGAAAUAUGAAAUUGUGAUUGAUUUUGAACCUUCAACAAACGAAUCUAGAACGUUUGAUGAGGACGAUUCAAAUGCUGAUGAAGGUGACCUGUCGAUUGAUAUCAAGUUUAAUAAUGAUUCGGAGGAAAGCGAUAUCGAUGAAGAGGAAGAACAAACGACGUUUAAAUCCCUAGAACGCGUACAGAGCGCCAGCAUACAAAACGCAAUGUGCCGAAUUCCCGGGAGCAACUUGUUUAUGGUGUCACAAGAACCUGGGUACAUGAUCGUGGAAAUGAUACAGCACCGUUGCUGCUGUUGUGCGGAUCUAUUCUCCACCGAACGGCUGCUCGAAAAACAUUUGGAAAAACGAGACAAAACCACGAACACUACGCACGACGAGCACGUGAAGUACGCUUGUGAGUACUGUGGCAAACAGUUUGCGUACUGGCUGGUGUACGUUUGCCACAAGCGCAUUCGAGAGCAGCGUCAGUUUUACAUGUGUACGCUGUGUAAUGCAUUGGUCGACUCCAAGAAGCGCAUGAUCUCGCACAUGCUGAUGACGGACGAGCAUGCAAACUAUUUCAACGUUUGCCGGGAAAGCAUCGCCGGUCGGUAUGAAGCAAUCGCGCUGCCCGGGACGAGAUGCUGUUGCUGUAAGAAGUAUUUUGAUGAUGAUGGGGAGCGGGUGGAACAUAUAAAGCGUAUGCACGGUCCAUCUUUGACGAGCAGCUCCGCGGAUAAGGCAGCCAAACUAUCAUACUGCUGUGGUGUUUGUGGACGACGGUUUCGAAGCGAGCGCCACGUGGAACUUCAUCUUCAGUACGCACGCAACGUUACGCAAUACUACUGCAAGCUGUGCGAUUUUCAGACGUAUAAUCCAAGAAGAAUGGAACUGCAUCUGUACUGUGGAAUUCAUCGUGAUGUGUUACCGACUACGAUACAGUUGAAACCACUGGGGAACAACGUGUCGAAAGCUUCCCGUUUACGCAGGUACUGCUGUUUCGAAGGAUGUCACAAACAAUUCCACGGAGAAGCGGCUCUAACGCAACACAUAAACCAAUGCCACCAGCAGGUGUUAACAGCGAACCGGAUGCAGGCGAAAAGGUUAAACCAAAUAUUGCAGUCCGAAUCAUACCACGAAUGUAAUGUUUGUAGCGUACUGUUCAAGAACAUUGGCGCCCUUCAAUCACACCAAGCUCCGAACACUCAGGAGGGAUUUGUGUGCUCAGUUUGUGGCAUAUCCAAAAGAACCCGUACAGCGUUACGUGUCCACGAGCGAUCGCACACCGGUGAGAAACCGUUUCGGUGUGAACAUUGCGAUAAAACGUUCACCUCGAACCGUACGCUGGUUUCGCACCGCAGCUGUCACAUAACGGGCCAGCAUAAGUGUGCGCAGUGCGGUCGCGCGUUUAAUCGCAAGGAGAACCUUAACCGACACAUUUCGCUCAAGCACGGUGAAGCGACGAUCCCGUGCGACGUUUGUCCGAAGAAGUUCAAAACCAUUACCGUGCUGAACAUACACAAACUGUCGCACACGGGCGAGAAGCGGUUCAAGUGUCGGACGGAAACGUGUGACAAGCGAUACCUUACGGUGGCCGAUCGACGCCGGCAUGAGAUGUCGGUGCAUACGUUCGAACGUCCGCACAAGUGUUCCUACUGCAAUGCGGCCUUCAUCCGCAAACGUCAGCUGAUGAUACACGAGCGACGCCAUACCGGCGAUAAGCCGUACGUGUGUCCGAGCUGUGGGAAAGAUUUCGUCGAUGCGUAUCCGUUGCGAAAUCAUAUGCGCAACGUUUGCAAAGAAACACUUAAUGGUUAAAUUCUCCAUUGGAUGCUCUCAUGGUAUUAGCAAUGAUAGAACGAUAUCGCGUCAAAUUUGGGCAACAUACAUCUCAUCCGUUCAUUAGCACACCUCAGCGGUUCCACAAGGAAGCGAUCUGAGACCGCUUCAAUUUGUCCUGUAUAUAAAUGAUCUGUGUUAACUGACGACUCCUAUCUGGUGUACAACAUGCUGUUACAGUUUUUAAGCUGCGGUGCGUCCUGAAUUCAUUGACAGUUUGUACGGAGCAGUGUUUCAUUGCGUUUUUCACUCGUCUGUUAUAAUUAAAUAAAUGGUGGUGGACGUGAGAUAUCA